AUGUGCGACUGCUUCCACAUGAUGCUGCCCACCUGGUCCGAAGCCCCCGGCAGCGCGUCUGGCCGGCAGUUGCAGCCUGAAGAGCCAGAUGCAGAAACCGCGGAGGACCAGUCCGUGACGGAAGGGUCUGUGGAUGAGAUCAUUCGGCCCCGGCCACAGGGGUCCUCGCCCGUCUACGAGUACGUGACUGAGGGCGCCGGCUUCGGACUCCCGGAAGACACGCCAAGGAGGCGGAGGUCCUGGUGGAAGCGGGAUUCGGGGGACUCGCAGACGCUUUCCAGGAUGAGCCGUCUGGAGUCCACGCAGGAGGCGACGGAGGGGACACUGAAGACCAAGGUGGAGGCCGGAGCCAGUGGCUACAUUGUCACGGGCGGCGGGGACCAGGGGAUCUUUGUCAAGCAGGUGCUGAAGGAGUCCUCAGCUGCCAAGCUCUUCAGCCUGAGAGAAGGGGAUCAGCUGCUCAGCACAACCAUAUUCUUUGACGACAUUAAAUACGAAGAUGCUCUCAAAAUCCUCCAGUACUCGGAGCCGUACAAGGUUCAGUUCACAGUCAGGCGGCAGCUUCCCGCCCGGGAGGACGAGGAGGGAGCUUCCGGCGGCGCUCCACGUGGCUCGAGGGGCCGCAAGGAGCAGGACCAGGAUAUCGCCGAAGGGCGCACGGAGACCCCCACGGAGACGCUGCAGGAGGAUGGAGACCAGGAGAGGCUCAUCUCCAAGCCCAGGGAGGGCAGAGGCAGGCAGCCCCAGAGGGAGCGGCUCUCCUGGCCCAAAUUCCAAGCUCUGAAGAGCAAGCGUGGGCCAGGGCCCCGGAGGUCGCACAGCUCCUCGGAGGCCAGCGAGCGAGGGGACGUGCCUGACCUGUCCCCCACGAGCACAGACACGGAGGCCCAGCUCCCGGAAGCAGGGCCAGGCAGGCAGCGGAAGAAAAGCUUCCCGAACCUGAGAUUCCGGGUGGGCUCAGGGAAGGGGCUGUCGGGCAGGGGAGCCCACGGGGGGACAGUCCAGGCUGAGGUCCUGGUGGAGACAGGGCCCCGGGAUUCUGGGCGAGAGGCCUCCAGGGCUGCCGCCCAUGGCGGGAGAGAGGACGGGAUGGCAGGGGUGCCAGAGGCCGCCGAGCCCCCCCCGGAGCCCGGCCUCCCCACUGAGGGAGCCCCCGGGGAAGGGGCCGGCCCAGCACCCAGACCCCGAAGAAAGACAAAAGAGGCCAAGGACAGGGGGGAGACUGUGGCCCAGGGAGAAGCCGGGCUGGGCCCAGCGCCAGGACAGAGCAGGGAGGGGGCCAGGGAAGGCACGCAGGCGCUGGAGCUCGGCACUGCCAGGCUGUCUCUGCAAGACUCAGCAGACCAAGGCACCCACCAAAACCACCAACCAGAAUUCCAUGGCCGCAUACCCACUUUAAAGACACCCAAGUUUGGACUUUACAAAGAAAAAGUGCUCGAGAAAGAAGGAGCCGCGACAGCUCUCCAGCAGGGACCACGGCAGAGAAGGGUCUCUGCUGAGGGCACGGAGGCCAAGGGGGAGGAUGCAGGGGAAGCAGAAAAGCACAGGCCCAGACAACCCCCAGUCCAUCCGCCAGCGCAAGAGGGAGGAGCAACGGAGGAAGAUGCAGCCCAGAAGAGAGACGAGGACAGCAAGGGCGGGGGCCCGCACACGGACGAAAAGGAGGGGAAGAUGAAAAUGCUAAGGUUCAAGCUGCCCUCCUUUGGGUGGUCGCCAGCGAAGGAGGCAAAAGGAGACAAAGCGACACAACUCCAGGAAACAGAGAAGGAAAAGGAGAUCAGCAUCACAGUAGAAACGUUAGAGACGGACGUGAAAGGCCAAGGUGGACUAGAGCGAGACAGCAAGUUCCAAAUGCCCAGGUUCAAGAUGCCGUCCUUCAGGGUGUCAGCGCCCAGCAAGUCCGUCCAGGCCGCCGUGGAGGUGUCCGUGCCCAAGGCCCAGGCCGAAGUGACCCUGACCUCAGUGCAGGCCGACGUCAAGACCAGUGACCUUAGGAUUGAGCAGCUCUCCGCCGAGCUGGAGGUCAAGGCCACUGAAGUGGGCGUGAAGCUCCCGGAGGGCCACCAUCCCGAAGCGGAGCCCAAGGAAGCAGCAGCGGGAAUCGGACUCAAGGGCCACCUGCCCAAGGUGCAGAUGCCCAGCAUCAAGGCCCCCCAGGUGGACAUCAAGGGACCCAAACUGGACCUGAAGGACGCCAAGGGCGAGGUGACGACCCCCGACGUGGAGGUGUCACUGCCCAGCGUGGAGGUGGACACCCAGGCCGCAGGUACCAAGUUGGAGGGCGACAUGUCCCUGGGGGACAAGGAGGUGGCCGCCAGAGACAGCAAGUUCAAAAUGCCCAAGUUCAAGAUGCCGUCCUUCGGGGUGUCAGCGUCCAGCAAGUCCGUCGAAGCCUCCUUGGACGGGUCUGGCCCCAAGGACCAGGCUGAGGUGACCCUGCCCUCGGUGCAGGCCGACGUCAAGACCAGUGACCUCAGCAUCGAGCUGCCUUCCGCCGAGCUGGAUGUCAAGGCCGCCGAGGUGGGCCUGAAGCUCCCGGAGGGCCACCUUCCCGAAGCGGAGCCCACGGAAGCGGCAGCGGGAAUCGGACUCAAGGGCCACCUGCCCACGGUGCAGAUGCCCAGCAUCAAGGUGCCCGAGGUGGACAUCAAGGGGCCCAAACUGGACCUGAAGGACGCCAAAGGCGACGUGAAGGUCCCUGACGUGGAAGUGUCACUGUCCAGCAUGGAGGUGGACAGCCAGGCCGCGGGCAUCAUGCUGACGGGCGAUGUGUCCCUUGGGGACAAGGAAGUGGCCGCCAGAGACAGCAAGUUCAAAAUGCCCAAGUUCAAGAUGCCAUCCGUUGGGGUGUCAGCGCCCAGCAAGUCUGUCAAGGCCACCGUGGAGGUGUCCAUGCCCAAGGCCCAGGCCAAGGUGACCCGGCCCUCAGUGCAGGCCGACGUCAAGACCAGUGACCUCAGCAUCGAGCUGCCCUCCUCCAAGCUGGAGGUCAAGGCCGCCGAGGUGGGCCUAAAGCUCCCGGAGGGCCACCUUCCAGAAGUGGAGUCCACAGAAGCGGCAGCUGAAAUUGGACUCAAGGGCCACCUGUCCAAGGUGCAGAUGCCCAGCAUCAAGGUGCCCAAGGUGGACAUCAAGGGGCCCAAACUGGACCUGAAGGACGCCAAGGGCGAGGUGACGACCCCCGACGUGGAGGUGUCGCUGCCCAGCGUGGAGGUGGACACACAGGUCACGGACAGCAAGCUAGUGGGCGAAGUGUCCCUUGGGGACAAGGAGGUGGCCGCCAGAGACAGCAAGUUCAAAAUGCCCAAGUUCAAGAUGCCGUCCUUCGGGGUGUCAGCGCCCAGCAAGUCCGUCCAGGCCGCCAUGGAGGUGUCCGUGCCCAAGGCCCAGGCCAAAGUGACCCUGCCCUCGGUGCAGGAUGACGUCAAGACCAGUGACCUUAGCAUCGAGCUGCCCUCCACCGAGCUGGAUGUCAAGGCUGCCGAGGUGGGCGUGAAACUCCCGGAGGGCCACCUUCCCGAAGCAGAGAUCAAGGAAGCAGUGGCGGGAAUCGGACUCAAGGGCCACCUACCGAAGGUGCAGAUGCCCAGCAUCAAGGUGCCCAAGGUGGACAUCAAGGGCCCCCAGGUGGACAUCAAGGGGCCCCAACUAGACCUGAAGGACGCCAAAGGCGAGGUGACGACCCCCGACAUGGAGGUGUCGCUGCCCAGCGUGGAGGUGGACACCAAGGCCGCGGACAUCAUGCUGGCGGGCGAUGUGUCCCUUGGGGACAAGGAGGUGGCCGCCAGAGACAGCAAGUUCAAAAUGCCCAAGUUCAAGAUGCCGUCCUUCGGGGCGUCAGCACCCAGCAAGUCCGUCCAGGCCGCCAUGGAGGUGUCCGUGCCCAAGGCCCAGGCCGAAGUGACCCUGCCCUCGGUGCAGGCCGACAUCAAGACCAGUGUCCUUAGCAUCGAGCAGCCCUCCACCGAGCUGGAUGUCAAGGCUGCCGAGGUGGGCGUGAAACUUCCUGAAGUGGAGCCCAAGGAAGCAGUGGCGGGAAUCGGACUCAAGGGCCACCUGUCCAAGUUGCAGAUGCCCAGCAUCAAGGUGCCCAAAGUGGACAUCAAGGCCCCCCAGGUGGACAUCAAGGGGCCUAAACUGGAAUUGCAGGACGCCAAGGGCGAGGUGACGACCCCCGACGUGGAGGUGUCACUCCCCAGCGUGGAGGUGGACAGCCAGGUCGCGGACAGCAAGCUGGCGGGCGAUGUGUCCCUUGGGGACAAGGAGGUGGCCGUCACAGACAGCAAGUUCAAAAUGCCCAAGUUCAAAAUGCCAUCCUUCGGGGUGUCAGCGCCCAGCAAGUCCGUCGAAGCCUCCUUGGAGGGGUCUGGGCUCAAGACUCAGGCCGAGGUGACCCUGCCCUCGGUGCAGGGCGACGUCAAGACCAGUGACCUCAGCAUCGAGCUGCCUUCCGCCGAGCUGGAUGUCAAGGCCGCCGAGGUGGGCGUGAAGCUCCCGGAGGGCCACCUUCCCGAAGCGGAGCCCAAGGAAGCGGCAGCGGGAAUCGGACUCAAGGGCCACCUGUCCAAGGUGCAGAUGCCCAGCAUCAAGGUGCCCAAGGUGGACAUCAAGGGCCCCCAGGUGGACAUCAAGGGGCCCCAACUAGACCUGAAGGACGCCAAAGGCGAGGUGACGACCCCCUAUGUGGAGGUGUCUCUGCCCAGCGUGGAGGUGGACAGCCAGGCCGCGGGCACCAAGCUGGAGGGCGAUGUGUCCAUUGGGGACAAGGAGGUGGCCGCCAGAGACAGCAAGUUCAAAAUGCCCAAGUUCAAGAUGCCGUCCAUUGGGGUGUUAGCGCCCAGCAAGUCUGUCAAGGCCACCGUGGAGGUGUCUGUGCCCAAGGCCCAGGCCAAGGUGACCCGGCCCUCGGUGCAGGCCGACGUCAAGACCAGUGACCUCAGCAUCGAGCUGCCCUCCUCCAAGCUGGAGGUCAAGGCCGCCGAGGUGGGCCUAAAGCUCCCGGAGGGCCACCUUCCAGAAGCGGAGUCCACAGAAGCGGCAGCUGAAAUUGGACUCAAGGGCCACCUGUCCAAGGUGCAGAUGCCCAGCAUCAAGGUGCCCAAGGUGGACCUCAAGGGGCCCAAACUGGACCUGAAGGACGCCAAGGGCGAGGUGACGACCCCCGACAUGGAGGUGUCGCUGCCCAGCGUGGAGGUGGACACCCAGGCCGCGGGCACCAAGCUGGAGGGCGAUGUGUCCCUUGGGGACAAGGAGGUGGCCGCCAGAGACAGCAAGUUCAAAAUGCCCAAGUUCAAGAUGCCGUCCUUCGGGGUGUCAGCGCCCAGCAAGUCCGUCCAGGCCGCCAUGGAGGUGUCCGUGCCCAAGGCCCAGGCCAAAGUGACCCUGCCCUCCGUGCAGGCCGACGUCAAGACCAGUGACCUUAGCAUCGAGCUGCCCUCCACCGAGCUGGAUGUCAAGGCUGCCGAGGUGGGCGUGAAACUCCCGGAGGGCCACCUUCCCGAAGCAGAGAUCAAGGAAGCAGUGGCGGGAAUCGGACUCAAGGGCCACCUACCGAAGGUGCAGAUGCCCAGCAUCAAGGUGCCCAAGGUGGACAUCAAGGGCCCCCAGGUGGACAUCAAGGGGCCCCAACUAGACCUGAAGGACGCCAAAGGCGAGGUGACGACCCCCGACAUGGAGGUGUCGCUGCCCAGCGUGGAGGUGGACACCAAGGCCGCGGACAUCAUGCUGGCGGGCGAUGUGUCCCUUGGGGACAAGGAGGUGGCCGCCAGAGACAGCAAGUUCAAAAUGCCCAAGUUCAAGAUGCCGUCUUUCAGGGUGUCAGCGCCCAGCAAGUCCGUCCAGGCCGCCAUGGAGGUGUCCGUGCCCAAGGCCCAGGCCGAAGUGACCCUGCCCUCGGUGCAGGCCGACAUCAAGACCAGUGUCCUUAGCAUCGAGCAGCCCUCCACCGAGCUGGAUGUCAAGGCUGCCGAGGUGGGCGUGAAACUCCCGGAGGGCCAACUUCCUGAAGUGGAGCCCAAGGAAGCAGUGGCGGGAAUCGGACUCAAGGGCCACCUGUCCAAGUUGCAGAUGCCCAGCAUCAAGGUGCCCAAAGUGGACAUCAAGGCCCCCCAGGUGGACAUCAAGGGGCCUAAACUGGAAUUGCAGGACGCCAAGGGCGAGGUGACGACCCCCGACGUGGAGGUGUCACUCCCCAGCGUGGAGGUGGACAGCCAGGUCGCGGACAGCAAGCUGGCGGGCGAUGUGUCCCUUGGGGACAAGGAGGUGGCCGUCACAGACAGCAAGUUCAAAAUGCCCAAGUUCAAAAUGCCAUCCUUCGGGGUGUCAGCGCCCAGCAAGUCCGUCGAAGCCUCCUUGGAGGGGUCUGGGCUCAAGACUCAGGCCGAGGUGACCCUGCCCUCGGUGCAGGGCGACGUCAAGACCAGUGACCUCAGCAUCGAGCUGCCUUCCGCCGAGCUGGAUGUCAAGGCCGCCGAGGUGGGCGUGAAGCUCCCGGAGGGCCACCUUCCCGAAGCGGAGCCCACGGAAGCGGCAGCGGGAAUCGGACUCAAGGGCCACCUGUCCAAGGUGCAGAUGCCCAGCAUCAAGGUGCCCAAGGUGGACAUCAAGGGGCCCAAACUGGACCUGAAGGAGGCCAAGGGUGAGGUGACGGUCCCUGACGUGGAGGUGUCGCUGCCCAGCGUGGAGGUGGACACCAAGGCCGCGGACAUCAUGCUGGCGGGCGAUGUGUCCCUUGGGGACAAGGAGGUGGCCGCCAGAGACAGCAAGUUCAAAAUGCCCAAGUUCAAGAUGCCAUCCAUUGGGGUGUCAGCGCCCAGCAAGUCUGUCAAGGCCACCGUGGAGGUGUCCGUGCCCAAGGCCCAGGCCAAGGUGACCCAGCCCUCGGUGCAGGCCGACGUCAAGACCAGUGACCUCAGCAUCGAGCUGCCCUUCUCCAAGCUGGAGGUCAAGGCCGCCGAGGUGGGCCUAAAGCUCCCGGAGGGCCACCUUCCAGAAGCGGAGUCCACAGAAGCGGCAGCUGAAAUUGGACUCAAGGGCCACCUGUCCAAGGUGCAGAUGCCCAGCAUCAAGGUGCCCAAGGUGGACAUCAAGGGGCCCAAACUGGACCUGAAGGACGCCAAGGGCGAGGUGACGACCCCCGACGUGGAGGUGUCGCUGCCCAGCGUGGAGGUGGACACACAGGUCACGGACAGCAAGCUAGUGGGCGAAGUGUCCCUUGGGGACAAGGAGGUGGCCGCCAGAGACAGCAAGUUCAAAAUGCCCAAGUUCAAGAUGCCAUUCUUCGGGGUGUCAGCGCCCAGCAAGUCCGUCGAAGCCUCCUUGGAGGGGUCUGGGCUCAAGACUCAGGCCGAGGUGACCCUGCCCUCGGUGCAGGGCGACGUCAAGACCAGUGACCUCAGCAUCGAGCUGCCUUCCGCCGAGCUGAAUGUCAAGGCCGCCGAGGUGGGCGUGAAGCUCCCGGAGGGCCACCUUCCCGAAGCAGAGAUCAAGGAAGCGGCAGCGGUAAUCGAACUCAAGGGCCACCUGCCCAAGGUGCAGAUGCCCAGCAUCAAGGUGCCCAAGGUGGACAUCAAGGGCCCCCAGGUGGACAUCAAGGGGCCCCAACUAGACCUGAAGGACGCCAAAGGCGAGGUGACGACCCCCUAUGUGGAGGUGUCUCUGCCCAGCGUGGAGGUGGACAGCCAGGCCGCGGGCACCAAGCUGGAGGGCGAUGUGUCCAUUGGGGACAAGGAGGUGGCCGCCAGAGACAGCAAGUUCAAAAUGCCCAAGUUCAAGAUGCCAUCCAUUGGGGUGUCAGCGCCCAGCAAGUCUGUCAAGGCCACCGUGGAGGUGUCUGUGCCCAAGGCCCAGGCCAAGGUGACCCUGCCCUCGGUGCAGGCCGACGUCAAGACCAGUGACCUCAGCAUCGAGCUGCCCUCCUCCAAGCUGGAGGUCAAGGCCGCCGAGGUGGGCCUGAAGCUCCCGGAGGGCCACCUGCCCAAAGUGGAGCCCAAGGAAGCAGUGGCGGGAAUCGGGCUUAAGGACCACCUGCCCAAGGUGCCUGGACCCAGCAUCAAGGUGCCCGAGGUGGACCUCAAGGCCCCCCAGGUGGACUUCAAGGGGCCCAAACUGGACCGGCAGGACACCAAGGGCGAGGUGAUUACCCCCAACGUGGAGGUGUUACUGCCCAGCGUGGAGGUGGACACCCAGGCUGCGGGAACCAAGCUGGAGAGUGACGUGUCCUUUGGGGACAAGGAGGUGGCCGCCAGAGACAGCAAGUUCAAAAUGCCCAAGUUCAAGAUACCGUCCUUUGGGGUGUCGGCUCCCAGCAAGUCCGUCGAAGCCGCCUUGGAAGAGUCCGUACCCAAUGUCCCGGCCCAGGUGACCCUGUCCUCGGUGCAGGCCGACGUGAAGACCAGUGCCCUCAGCAUCGAGCUGCCCUCCACCGAGCUGGAGGUCAAGGGUGCCAAGGUGGGCGUGAAGCUCCCAGAGGGCCACCUUCUCAGAGCAGAGCCCAGGGAAGUGGCGCUGGGGAUUGCGCUCAAAGGCCACCUGCCCAAAUUGGAGAAGCCCAGCAUCAAGGUGCCCAAGGUGGACAUUGAGGGGCCCAAACUGGACCUGAGGGACGCCAAGGGUGAGGUACUCACAAAAUACCAAGUGACUCUCCCUGGAGCCGCUGUCUCCCCGGGGCUCCCUCUGGAAGCGGCCCCUUGUUCCCAGAACCAUGCCUAUCUUCCCAGCUCAGAAAGUUCUGCCAGUCUUCCAACCCAGGAGAGAGUUGCAGCAUCCCAGACUGACAGUCCCGCAGGCCCUGUGGACCCCAUGUUUCUUGCGUCAUACGGUCGGGUGAGUUUUCCUAAGUUUCAUCCACCGAAGUUCGGGUUUUCUGUCCCAGAAGCAGCCGAUGCAGAGGUGGGGGCCGGUGCCGGGGGUUGUGCCCCCUCUCUGUCCACUACUGGCCCUGCCCGGGGCCGGGACUCCACAGCUGUGCCGCGCAGCGCGUGGCCGUCGGCAGUGGCUGCAGGUGAGAGCCCAGCUAAAGAUACUGAACGUGGAGGGAAAGAUAGUCCCUUAAAAAUGCCGUGGAUCAAGCUUCCGUCAUUCAGCUGGUCCCCAGAGAAGGGGGCGGUGCCCCCAGAGGACCCUGAAUGCAGCCUGGACGACGCAGAGAUCGGCGUGGCUGUGGACACGGGUCACAAGGGCGUGCCCCCUGCGUGUCCUGUGUCUGCAGUGGAGGUGGCUGUGGACGCGCUUCCGGAGAAGGACGGAGAGGAGAGUGGCGUGGGGUCGCCUGGCUGCGCUGUGCUGGAACACGUACCUCUCACAGGGCUCACUCCAGAGGGCGGGCCCGGCCUGCCACGCGGAGACCCCGCUGCUCCACGCUCUAGGCCCCCGGCGGGGGGUGGCGCUCCAGAAGGCGUGGACGUGGACCCCCAUCUGCCACAGGCCCACGCUCCCCUUUUGGACUUGGCCAGACCCGACCUCAGACCCAGCAAGGCCAAGGUGGGGGGGAGCUCGUCAGCUGCUGACCCUCCGUCUCCGGGACACAGCAGCCAAGGGCACGGGCUCCGGGACGGCCCGGCAAGCCAGCCUCUCGGCGAGGCGACGGCCCCCUCGGUAGGAGACCCCCAGCAGCCGUCCUGCAGCCCAGCAGAUGUGGACGCUCCCGCGGUGGAGAGCGCGGCCUCGCAGGGGGGCUGGUUCAGGAUGCCCGCGCUCCGCCUGCCCAGCCUCCGGCGCCCCGCCAAGGAGAGGGGGGCGGCUGGGGCUCAGGGGGCGCCAGUGCCCGCGCCUGCUGCCAGCACACUGAGGGAAGGAGAAAGCCCAGCUCCAGUCAGGGGUCAGGGGGUUCCUGGGUCAGAGGUGGAAGAAGCUAUGUCCCUGCAGCCCCCAGAGGCAGGGGCAGACGAGGCAGCAGCGGAGCUCGCGUCCCACGCAGACGCAGACGUCCUAAAGAGAGGUCCUGGGGACAAACGCUCAGAGCUGCACCUCUCUCCUGCAGGGGCACCUGCUGCAGGCCUUUCCCCUUCCGAGGCCAGGGUCCGUCCAGGCGAAGGCUCCCUCCCUCUUCAGAUGCCUAGCGGCAGGCUUUCAGGAACCCAGGCCCCUCCUGCUGGGCCUGCAGGACCGGGCCUUGCUGCGGGGCAGGGGCGGGCAGAGGAAUGGCCCUCCCAGCCUGAAGGCCCCAUUAAACUGAAGGCGUCCAGGACCGACGGGCCGUCCCAGGUUUCUGUCGUUAACAUGGGUCAGCCCUGGGAAGGCUCCGUGGUAACUGUCAGACUGCCCAGGUUAAGCGUGCCAAGGUUCGCCUUUCCUGACCCCAGCUCCGAGGCCGAUGUCUUUAUCCCCGCCGUGACAGAAGUGCAGUGCCCGGGGAGCAGCCUUGCCCACGCCCUGCACGAGGGAAGCCCGGGAGUCUGGGGCGCCAGCAUCCUGAGGGCAGGUGCUGGGACCCCCGGGGGGCAGCCCGUGGCCCUUGGCUUCUCCCCGGAAGCUUCCCCCAUUUCCGAGGUCAGAGUGCACGUUCAGCGUACGCAGGGAGAGGGCCCCGAGGUCGCCGUCCACAGCAGGGCGACGGCAGAGUUGGCUGACCUCUCGGGACCCGAGGCUAUUUCCACCCAGGUCGUGCGGCAACUGGAGAUCCCCGCGUCUGAGAUCCAAACGGCUUCUUACGGAUUCUCGUUGCUGAAGGUGAAGAUGCCGGAGCCCCGCACGCGGGUGAGUGUCCGAGACUCCCGGCUGAGGGACGGCCUGCAGGAGGCUUCCCAGCAAGCCGCCCCGGGAGCAGAGCCCGCCUCUGGAGGUCCGCAGCCGGACACCGCAGGACCGUCUGAAGUGAUCUCGCCCAGUGUCGAUGUGCCUGGACAGCCAACGUUCACGCCCAAGGUGCACUCUGGCCGCCAGGGUGCCGACAGCUGCUCCGACAGGGCCGAGGGUGCAGAGGUUCUUGCAUUUCCCCCUAAAGAAGCCGGCGGGGAGGCAGCUAGCUCCCCGGCAGAGGAAGGCUCGGCUCCAGGACAGAAACCAGGAGGUAGAAGGUCUGGUCUGUUCAGGUUCUGGCUUCCGAACACUGGCUUUUCUUCCUCUGCGGAAGAGCCGCGCGCUGAUUCCAAAGGCGAGGCCCGCGCGGCGGCUGCCCUCCAGACACAGCCUGGGGCACGGCCCGAGGCAGAGCUCCCUAGGAAGCCCCAGAGGGCGGGCUGGUUGCGAUUCCCCACAUUAGGGCUCUCCUCCUCUCCCACCAAGAAAAGCGAAAGCUCUGAAGACGAGGCAGCUCUGGCAGAGCAAAACGCCCAAGAACAAGCGGUCACGUUCUUUGAUGCCCCAGAAAGCUUCUCUCCAGAGGGCGAGGGGGCCGGGGGGCCGGCGGAGACUGCGGGCGCCAGAGUGAUGGCCACGUCCACGGCAAGGACGGGGCUGGUCCUGCUGGAGCAGGACCCAGAGGGCGGGAUGCACCUGCACCCGGGCCCACCACAGAGUGAGGACAGACAGACAGAUGAAAGGAGGCCCAGCGAAGCUCCCACCGUGAGGACGCGCGUGUCCACCUUGAUUCACAGCACCGAGAGCGAAGCAGAGGUGCCCGAGAGCGGCGGGGCCCCGCCCUCACACAGCCCCCCCGAAGUGGGACCCCAAACACGCCGGCCUCCCAGAGCCUCGGCAGCAGAGGCGGCACCCGGACGCCCCACGCGACCCCAGCCCCACGCGGGGUCCUGUGCCCCUGACGGUCUUGGUUAGACACGUGUUACUCGAGACCCCUGCCCACCAGGCCCUCGAGAACACAACUGCUGCUUGGAGAAGGGGCUGUGACGGCCGUGGGUGCAGAAGUCGUUUGGGGUUCAACUCCUGUCCUGCUGCUGCCUCCUGGUGAAGGUCGUUUCGCUCUUUCGGGCAGAGUCCGGCGUGUUCCAGGAGACCCCACUCCCCGCUCGCUUGCAACAAGCUCACUCCGCUGUUGGAUGCCUGGCCGCCAGCGCGGCAAAUGCACGCGCCCUGGGCUGGGGGCGGGCGAGCCAGCAGAGGCCGUGAGUUCCCACGGGACGGUCUGUGGGCGUCCGCUUGCCCGCGGCACACCCCCCCCCCCCGCGUGCCCGGCCCCUCAGUGUACCCGCUGCGGCCAGGCUGCAGACGGGACCUGUCUGGCUGCUCCCGGGACCCUGGACGGGCAAUAAAUCCAG